AUGGGGAGCAUAGCGACGGAGAAUGGAGCGGCGGGUGCGGCGGAGGAGCAGAUGGAUGCGGUGCAGCAGCGACUCAUGUUCGACGACGAGUACGUCACAAACCACUGCCACAUUAUGGAGAACAUCAAUAAAGGGACCGCACGCCACCGUGCCUUCAGCGUCUUCCUUUUCGACUCCCAGCACCGCCUGCUGCUCCAGCAACGUGCAGCGUGCAAGGUGACGUUCCCCCUGGUGUGGACCAACACGUGCUGCAGCCACCCACUGUACCGCCCGGAGGAGAUGGAGGAGGAAAACGCGCAGGGAGUGCGGGUGGCAGCGCGGCGCAAGCUGGAGGACGAGCUGGGGAUCGACCCGGACACGGUGGAUGUGUUAGCCUUCACGUGCCUGGGCCGCAUGCACUAUAAGGCCCCUUCUGACGGGAAAUGGGGCGAGCAUGAGAUUGACUACCUCCUUGUACUCAAGGCUGACUUGAAGGCCACUCCUAACCCUAACGAGGUGGCUGCUGUAAGAUUCGUGGAUCGAGAGGAGUUGAAGGAGCUGGUGCGCAAGGCUGACAAUAAGGAGGAUGGAGUGGUGCUGUCGCCGUGGUUCCGUCUUGUGGUGGACCGGUUCCUGCCUGCCUGGUGGGACCAUCUAGAUGCAGGCACGCUUUCAGAGGUGGUUGAUAUGGAGAAGAUCCAUCACUUGUAA